AUGUCCCUCUUCGGUUCGAGCACAACACCAGCAGCCGCCACCAGUACCCCACUGUUCGGAACGACUCCAGCUAAACCAGCGACAGGCGGUCUAUUCGGAUCUUCCUCCACUCCCACUGCCACUGCCACGUCAUCAGUUCCUCUCUUCGGAACCACCAACACAGCCACUACCACAGCUUCAACUGGAGGAGGAGGUCUGUUCGGUGCCAAACCAGCUACACCGGCUGGUGGAUCUCUGUUCGGAGGUUCCACGGCUCCAGCAGCCUCCACAGGAGGAGGUCUUUUCGGAUCAACGACUGCAGCUCCAGCAGCCUCCACUGGUGGAGGUCUCUUCGGAUCAGCGACCACUACGAGUACUGCAAGCGGAGGAUUGUUCGGAUCGACUACUAGUACAACGACUUCUGGAGGAGGAGGGCUUUUUGGAGCCGCCAAGCCGGCUACGACUAGCGGCGGACUCUUCGGAUCCACUUCCACGACAUCUGCACCUGCCACGUCAUUUGGUACUGCACCAGCGACCACUAAUGCUUGCGGCACCACCACGUCAUCAGCCCCAGGAGCUUUGGAUAAAGACGUAACGAAAGAGAACGAAUGGCAGCAGACGCAGACACUGAUCAGAGACAUGCUCCCAUUGAUUGAGGAUCGUCUGAAGAAGAAUCGAGAUGUGAUGGACGAGAGUGAAACGAUGAGUGUGGAUUGUGUUGUGAUUGAGGAGAUGAUCGAAAAGGCACGUGGAUUGAUUGGAGACGUACGGCGCGACGUCUUCAAUGCCACGACGGCUUCUGAGGGUGUUGCUCAAUUGGUGGCUCAUGAUAAGCAGCAGGCAAACAUGGCGAAGAGGGUGCAGGAGCAGGCAAGCACUGCCAAUCAGACUAUGCAUGCCGAUGCGAUCAAGCAACACCUCGUCGAACGAUUCCAACUGUACGAUCUGGAGAUGCGUGCGCUUCAGGAGCGUGUCAACUUCAUGCGUUCUCGCUUCGACAAACUCCUCAAAGGAGAACCGUCGCUCACAAUGACAGAACUCGACAACUACUUCCUCCGCUGCGAUUCGACUGUGAGCAGUGCGGAUUUCCAUAUAGAGCAGUUGGGAAAGGAUAUCGAAGAAGUGAGGGAUCUUCUGAUCGAACAGGGAUACACCCAGCUUCGGAAGUGGAAUGCUACCACUUUGAAUAAUGUGGACCCAGUGAGUGCUGUCAGUGAGGGAGCCGAGUUCUUCCCAUCGCAAUCGAGUUUGGCUAUCAUUGGAAGUGCUCUGAGAGCACCGGCAACGGCACCGACUGCCAGUACUGGAGGAUUGGGAUUGGGUGGAGGAAGCAGUUUGUUCGGGAAUACAGGCACCACAACGCUCUUCGGCUCCUCCACAACGAAGCCAGCAUUCUCUGGUGGCUCCCUCUUCGGAUCCUCCACAACGAACACCUCAACAGCUCCAACCACGACGUCAGCAACCACAUCACUCUUCGGAUCGAAACCAACCACCACAACCACCUCAACCCCAUUCGGAUCUACCCUAUCCAACAAUUCCAGUGGAGUCCUUUUCAGCUCGAAGAAAUAA